AUGCAUAACCUGCUUCUUGGGCUAGUCCAGUACCAUGUGCGCAUGAUUAUUGGUAUGGACAUGCCAGUCAACGAUCGGUACGAUGACGACGUUGACGAUCCCGAGAGCAUGCGCACGCCGGACAGUACGAACAUACGAAAGGAAGUUGAGAAAAUUGAGAAAAUCUUGGUCUCCGAAGAUGCUGCUAAGAAACUCGAUCGAAAGUCGAGAUUGGCCUUGCGACUCAUGUGCCAAAAACGAGGUGUGGAGCAGCCGUCGUGGGGGUCAACGAAGAAGCUGAAGAAGAAAGUCAUAAUUGAUGCGCUAAUGGUGAGUCCACUGCAAAAUUCGUAUAGACCUUCAUUUGAGAUACCUGCACGCUCGAUACCGAUUGCAGCUCACGAUUCAGUCAUAGGGAAAGACUACGUCGAUGAAUGCGCAGAGAAUAUUGCAAAGAAGAGCGAAGACGACGAAUCGAGUAGGGCUGUUGCAGUAUUUUCUGGAAAAGACUUGAGAAAUUUGCAGCACGAUAUAUCACAGACAACCCGUCCGACAUACUCGAGUGGCCCACCAUGCAACAUGGGAACGAAAGCACGGGGAAAGCUGAAAGCAGACCAUUGGAAGGCCGUAAUCGAAUUUGAACUACCCGUCUCCCUUAUGAAGAGAUGGAAACCUUCUACGGCACAUACACAUCCCGACAGGGACACUCGCUAUGCCUUAAUUCGAUCCACAAUGUUGCUUGCGUGCGCGGUGCAGUACGCCACAUCUUAUAUCAUCUCGGAAGAGCACAAACAGAUCUAUACCGAACACAUGCAUUCCUAUGUAUCCGGGAUACGGGAACUGCGUCCUGAUCUAUCUCUCCGUCCGAAUCACCAUGCUGCCCUGCAUCUGGGAGAUUUCUUAUUGAGGUUCGGACCAAUACGAGGCUGGUGGAUGUUUCCUUUCGAGAGGGUGAUAGGAAUACUGCAGCAAACCAACACAAACGGCAAAUUGGGUCAAUUGGAAAAAACGAUGUUAGAAUCAUUCUGCGCAGCGGCGAAUAUCAAAGCUUUCUUGAAAUGUGCUGAGUGUCCAGACGUCCUGCGGAAGUGCUCGUCUAUUAUCGAAAGCUGCUUCAAUGAAGGUGACCGCGGAACGUUGAUGUCAGACAUC